AUGAAGCGUUUCUUCACUUCGGCGGUGGCUAUGGCGGCGGCUGUUGCUGCUGUCCCUGUUGGCCGACCACUUAUUAGACGAGAGCCGGUUACCACUAUUACACUUACUGCGGCUUCUACUUACACCCAAGUUGUCGCUCCAGCCACUCCAGCACCCAUUAUCCCAACUGGAACGACGACCUUUCCAGGAACACCUGUGCCUGUACCCGAUGACCCGAAACCACCCAAGGGUAGCGGAUCCAAACUUCCAUGUGUCAAUUGCAGCCCAAGCGGUUCUUCUGGCUCGGGCAGCUCCGGAGGCUCAGAAGGCUCUAAAUCCCCAGGCAUUUCCUACGCUCCGUAUCGUGGUGAUCACCAGUGUAAGGGCGGAGAUGAGAUCAAGCAGGAUAUUUCUGAACUUGCGGGCACCUACUCCCUCCUCCGUAUUUACGGAACCGAGUGUGACCAAGUUUCCAAGAUCUACCCAUGUGCCAAGGCCAACGGCAUGAAGCUGUUCCUCGGUAUUUGGGACAUCAACGACGUCCAAAGCGAAGCACAGUUGAUCAUUGACGCUAUCGGUAGCGACUGGGACGUCGUAGACACCAUCAGCGUCGGAAACGAACUUGUCAACAACAACGCUGCCACUCCUGCACAGGUCCUCGCCGCGGUCGACGAAGCUCGUGCGAUCCUCAAAGCCGCUGGAUACAACGGCCCUGUACUGACUGUCGAUACUUUUGUGGCUGUUCAGGAGCACCCGGAACUUUGCGAAAAGAGCGAGUACUGUGCAAUCAACGCCCAUGCCUUCUUUGACCCUCACACAUCUGCUGAUGGUGCUGGUAAGUGGCUCUCCGACACCGUCCAAGUCGUCAAGUCGAAGCUAUCCGGCGACAAGCGUGUUGUGGUUUGUGAAACUGGCUGGCCUACAAAGGGUGAUAGUAAUGGUAAAGCUGUUCCUGGAUUGACUCAACAGGGAUCAGCUCUCAAGGCUAUCAGAGAAGCAUUCUCCGAGCACCCUGAUGACCUCAUUCUUUUCUCUGCUUUCAACGACCACUGGAAGAAGCCAGAACCUGCAACCUUCCACGCUGAACAGUAUUGGGGCAUCGGCGGCAAGGAUUCGACUUCUGAGUAG